GCCAUUUCCGGCCCGCUUAUUCCCCAACAAGAAUCGCUCUCACCCAAAAACCCACAAAAGCCUCGAGCGACAAUUUUAUAUUCCACAUUUCAAUUUCUCUUCAAUUCGAAACCCUAAUCGAUCACCAUCAUGCAUCGUGCAGCGGCUAGUCUUGCUUCCAAAGCUAGGGCUGCAAGCAGCAGCAGUCGACAGAUCGGAAGUAGGCUUGGUUGGAGCAGGAAUUAUGCGUCCAAGGACAUAAAGUUUGGCGUCGAGGCUCGAGCGUUGAUGCUUAGGGGUGUUGAAGAGCUUGCAGAUGCUGUAAAGGUCACCAUGGGACCAAAGGGCCGUAAUGUUGUUUUGGAGCAAAGCUUUGGUGCACCAAAAGUUACAAAGGAUGGAGUGACUGUUGCAAAGAGCAUAGAAUUCAAGAACAGGGUGAAGAAUAUGGGUGCAAGUUUGGUGAAACAGGUUGCUAAUGCAACCAAUGAUGUUGCCGGUGAUGGUACUACGUGUGCUACAGUCCUUACCAAAGCAAUAUUUACUGAAGGGUGCAAGUCCGUGGCAGCUGGCAUGAAUGCAAUGGAUUUAAGGCGUGGUAUCACAAUGGCAGUAGAUUCUGUUGUAACAAACUUGAAGAGUAGGGCAAGAAUGAUCAGCACUUCAGAAGAGAUUGCACAGGUUGGCACCAUAUCCGCUAAUGGAGAAAGAGAAAUUGGAGAACUCAUUGCUAAGGCUAUGGAGAAAGUUGGCAAGGAGGGAGUCAUUACCAUUCAAGAUGGGAAAACACUUUACAAUGAAUUGGAAGUCAUUCAAGGUAUGAAACUUGACAGAGGAUAUAUAUCACCUCACUUCAUCACCAACCAGAAGAACCAGAAAUGUGAACUGGACGAUCCUUUCAUUUUGAUAUAUGAGAAAAAAAUUUCUAGCGUUGCUUCAGUGUUGAAGGUGCUGGAGUUAGCGCUAAAGAGACAAAAGCCAUUGCUUAUUGUUGCUGAAGACGUUGACAGUGAUGCACUUGCAACUCUUAUCCUUAACAAGCUUCGUAUUGGAAUUAAGGUUUGUGCUGUUAAAGCACCUGGAUUCGGGGAAAAUAGGAAGCAUGCUUUGCAUGAUCUUGCUGUUCUGACCGGGGGAGAUCUCAUUACUGAGGAGCUUGGCAUGAAUCUGGAGAAAGUUGAAUUUGACAUGCUUGGUACCUGUAAGAAGGUGACAAUAUCAAAAGAUGGUACUGUUAUUCUUGAUGGGGCGGGCGACAAGAAAGCCAUUGAAGAGAGAUGUGAUCAAAUAAGGUCUGCAAUCGAUGCAAGCACUUCUGACUAUGACAAAGAGAAGCUACAAGAGAGGUUGGCAAAGCUUUCUGGUGGAGUAGCCGUCCUAAAGAUUGGAGGAGCCAGUGAAGCAGAAGUCGGUGAGAAAAAGGAUAGAGUAAAUGAUGCUCUAAAUGCAACCAAAGCUGCUGUUGAAGAAGGAAUUGUGCCAGGUGGUGGUGUUGCCCUUCUGUAUGCAUCCAAGGAGCUAGAUAAGUUGCACACUGCCAACUUCGAUCAGAAGAUUGGAGUUCAAAUUAUCCAGGAUGCUCUGAAGACUCCAGUGCACACAAUUGCAUCAAAUGCAGGAGUCGAGGGAGCUGUCAUCGUAGGCAAGCUUUUAGAACAGGAUAAUCCCGAUCUUGGUUAUGAUGCAGCUAAAGGUGAAUAUGUUGACAUGGUAAAGGCAGGCAUCAUUGACCCUUUGAAAGUAAUUAGAACUGCAUUGGUGGAUGCUGCUAGUGUUUCCUCCUUGAUGACAACCACUGAGGCUGUCGUUGUGGACCUUGCUAACAACGAAGAAGACGCUUAGUUUCAAUUUUCCCAUACAAACUCAAGCAUAUAAUUUAGGACUAGGAAGAUGAUUUUUUUUUUGGUUUACAGUCUUUUCAUGUCUAAUCACUGGCAGCAUGCAAGUUUCUUUUUGCGUUGAAAGCAAAGUCUUUCUUACACGAAGGAUGGUUUUUGAGGAAUAUUUUCGCUAUAUGCUGCCUUGUAAGAGAGGCCUGCCAUGAUUAUUUCCAUGAUGGGCUGUGGUACAAAAUUCUAUAAAAUCAAACAGUAGACGAUGUGCAGGUAUUGUUGUGUGAUGAUGCUCUUGAAGCUGCGAUCGUGUUUUCAUCUGCAUGUGAGUUUUUUGGCUUUAUUAUCAA